GCAGGCUGCGCGCGCAGCUGCCAGCGUGGAGACGGGGGGCUGAUGGCGGAAGCGGGAGUCCGGUACCGGGAGUGACAACAGGAUAUCGAGUGUGGGAGGCCGCGCCAGCGCCCUUGGUCACCCGAUCAUCUCUUUAAAUAAAAAUAAAACAGGCCGAAGCGACUAUCGAGAUGGAAACGUCCUUGGAGAAGAUGGUAGACCCUACAUUAGCUGAGAUGGGGAGGAAUCUCAAUGAGGCUAUGAAGAUGUUGGAGGACUCUCAAAGGGAAGCAGAGGAAGAGAGAGAGAAGAAGAAAUAUGCCAGAAAAGAUAUUCCUGGACCAUUGCAGGGCAGUGGACAGAAUAUGACAGCUAUUCUUCAACUUGUACAGAACCUUAUGCACGGAGAAGAUGAGGAAGAAUCACAGUCCCAUCGCAGAUUACAGAACGUUGGAGAGCAGGGUCAUAUGUCCUUGUUGGGUCACAGUUUAGCAGCGUAUAUUUCUGUGCUGGACAAAGAAAGAUUGCGAAAACUGACUACAAGGAUUUUGUCAGACACCACACUUUGGUUAUGCAGACUUUUCAGAUAUGAAAAUGGUUCUGCAUAUUAUCAUGAAGAUGAUCGGGAAGGUCUCCUGAAAGUCUGCAAACUCAUUAUCCACUCAAACUAUGAAGACUACGCAACAGAAGGUUUUAACGUCCUGCAUAACAAGCCCCCUGUCCUCUAUAUUAGUGCUGCCUGUAGAACAGGUCUGGGCCAGUAUAUCUGUAACCAGCUUGGUCUUCCGAUCUCCUGUAUGUGCAGUGUGCCUUGUAACACUAUGUUUGGAUCUCAACAUCAAAUGGAUGUUGCCCUACUUGAAAGGCUUAUUAAAGAUGAUAUCGAAUGUGGAAAACUUCCUGUGUUACUUGUGGCAAAUGCAGGCACACCAGGCGCAGGACAUACAGAUAAACUUGCCCGGUUAAAGGAACUGUGCAAUCAGUACAAGAUGUGGUUACAUGUUGAAGGUGUUAAUUUGGCCACGUUGACACUUGGUUAUGUUUCGUCAUCUGUACUGGCUGCAACAAAGUCUGACAGCAUGACCUUAACCUUAGGACCCUGGUUAGGUCUCCCAGCUGUUCCUGCAGUGACACUAUACAGACAUGAGGAUCCUUCACUGUCUCUAGCUGCGGGCCUCACUACAAGUCAGCCCGUCGAGAAACUUCGAGCUCUACCCCUCUGGCUCUCUCUGCAAUAUCUAGGACAUGAUGGGAUAGUGAACAGAAUUAAGUAUGCUUCUCAAUUGAGCCAAAGAUUGCUGGAAAAUUUAAGAAAACUAAGUUCUAUCAGAACGUCGGUUGAAGAUGAAUUUAAUUCUCCAGUGGUAGUGUUCAGAUUCAUCCAGGACCACCAAAAAUCAGCUCUAGAUGGAGCUCAGUACCAAACUGCUGCAGUUCAGGAAUCCACAAAGGACAGCAAUGAGAGAGAAAUUGAUGAUGCCCUGAAUCGCUGGUUAGGAGAACAGCUAGGACAGUUGGUUCCAACCAGUGGGGUGGAUGUUGUCGAAUUGGAAGAUGAGGGAGUGUGUAUACGGUUUAGUCCAUUGAUGACAGCAGCAGUCUUGAACACCACGCCAGAACAUGUGGACCAGUUGGCUGAAUGUCUGAAAGCAAAGAUUCCCAUUCUAAUUAGCACCUUACAGCUUCGUGAAGAAUUUAAGCAGGAAGUUUACCGGACAGCUGGCCUGACAUAUAUCGAAGAUCUGAACUGGCCUGGAUUAGGUGCUGUACGGUAUGAAGCUAGCAGUGAAGGACCUGACCCAGAAAAGCAACUACUAGCAAUGGAGAAAAUCACUACCGGAUUGCUAAAGAAAUUGAAGGAACUUGACUCAGACCUGAUAUUCUCAACAGGGCCUGAGUUUGAAGGUGAGAAGAAUUGCAUUUAUAUCGGUAUGGUAACUGAUAAUUUGGAUGUGCCAGAACUAGUGGAAACAAUUGCAGCCAUGGGCAGAGAAAUUGAGGAAAGUUCAAAGUUAUUGGAGAACAUGACUGAAGUAGUACGGAAAGGAAUUAUUGAAGCAGAGCAACAGUUACAGAAAGCAAAUGAAGCUAGACUCCUUGAAGAGGGACUUCUACGACAGCUUCCUGUAGUUGGCUCAGUACUUAACUGGCUAUCCCCAGUCCACAGCUCAGUUCAAGGAAGAUCAUUCAGUCUGGCAGGAGGUUCUCUGGAGUCAACAGAUAAACUUUAUGCACUAAAAGCCCAAGCCUCUGAAGGAAGCCCACCCCCAACACCCACAAUUAUUCAUACCAAACACAGGUCACCAGGACAGAAACUGUUUAGGAGGUCUUCCAGGACUUCUGCCUCUGAUACAGUCAGUGAAACUUCAAUGGGUCACACAGAAGAAAUGGAAGAAUCUCAGACCAUCACAGAAACAACCAGACUUGAGGGUGACAAUGAAGUUUACAAAAGCCCUACAUCUUCAGUUCAGCUGAAUGGUGAUUUGGAGUUUCCAAGACCCCCACAGCCUGAAGGAAAAGCUGGUGGAACUAGUAAUGACACAAAAGUUGUUCAUCACACCUCUGAACCAGCAGAAGCUGAGGAUUUAGAGAAAGAAGAUCUUAGAUAAAACAAACAAAAGUGGUUAGACUUUGUACAUGGAAAAAAAAGCACAUGUCCUGUGGUUCGGAUACAUGGAACCUUUACUAAUGUGAACUGUGCCAUGCGAUAGUACAGUAAGGAUACUACUGUUGUAUGCCUUUAAUUAGGACUUUGCACAUUACUGUGACAUGACUAGGAAUUUCAAUUGUCAUUGAAAGUUGAUUUAAAAAUUGAUCCUAAAUUAAAACUGUCAAGGGGCCUGAAUCUCAGAAGUGCAAUUGUUCUGUUUCUUAAGAGGGCUACGUAAGGUCCACUAUUUUCUUCCUUAUAACUAUCAAUCUGACUCACUACAUUUGCAGUACAAUUACGUAUACUUAUCACCGUGAAUAUGGGUUAAUUUGUAGUUUAAAGUAGAAAUUUUACUAUUGCUGUCAAUAUUUAAUUGGGUCGGGAUCAUUUUAUUUUUGUUCAUUUUGCACAUUAGUGGUUUUGUCCUUUAUCUGUGACCACCUCCUAUGGACAUCUCAAGACUCAAACACUGAUGCUAGAUUGCUAUUUAGCUUCAAGGGGGGAAAUAAAGUUAAUUUAGUGUUUUGAUUCUUACUUAAAAUCAAAUAAAAAUGUAUUUGAAGAA